UUAUGAAGCAACAAAGCCUAUUUCAUCUAAGCUUCUCUGUUUUAUCAUAUCAAAAAAGCUCUACAAUGGCAGCUCUAGUAGCUCUUCUUCUUUUCAUCCUUCAGCUACACCUGCAUGGAACCACCGCUGAUUACGGAGGGUGGGAAAGCGCUCACGCCACUUUCUACGGCGGUGGUGAUGCCUCAGGCACAAUGGGAGGAGCAUGUGGAUAUGGGAACUUGUACAGCCAGGGGUACGGAACUAACACUGCAGCUCUAAGCACGGCAUUGUUCAACAGUGGCCUGAGCUGUGGUUCUUGCUAUGAAAUGCGAUGCGACAAUGACCCCAGAUGGUGCCGGUCCGGCACCAUCACCGUCACCGCUACAAACUUCUGCCCGCCCAAUUUUGCGCAGUCCAAUGACAAUGGAGGAUGGUGCAAUCCUCCACUCCAACAUUUUGAUUUGGCAGAGCCUGCUUUCUUGCAAAUUGCAGAAUACCGCGCCGGAAUAGUGCCCGUAGCCUUCAGAAGAGUGCCCUGUAUGAAGAAAGGAGGAAUAAGAUUCACCAUCAAUGGCCACUCUUACUUCAACCUGGUCUUGAUCACCAACGUUGGCGGUGCAGGGGACGUCCAUGCGGUCUCAAUCAAAGGGUCUAAAACAGGAUGGCAAGCAAUGUCAAGGAACUGGGGACAAAACUGGCAGAGCAACUCGUAUCUCAACGGCCAAAGCCUGUCCUUCCAAGUCACCGCCAGUGACGGUAGAACUGUGACAACCUUCAACGUGGCGCAUGCUGGUUGGCAGUUCGGUCAGACCUUCGAAGGUGGUCAAUUUUAGAGUUCCUGGGAGGUAGAUUA